GGCCUCGGUGCCGCGGCCAAUCCCUGGAUCCUGGAAACCGCGGCUGCGCCCUGUCGCGAUUUUCCUCCCCGGUCGCAGGGUUCAUGGGGAUGGAAAGGGGGUAACGUACAACACGGUGGCGGGGAGGACUUCGAGGGCAGACGUUUCAAAGCCAGCCCAACGAAGAGACACACCGAGACGCCCCUGUCAUCGGGAGCCCUUCGGUCUCAGCUCGGUUUUGACUUUGACUGAAAAGGUGGAGGGCCCAGGGACGCGGGGAGCCAAGGAGUCGUUGAACGACUCGAAGGACGAGGACGGACCGGACGUUGGCACAACUCUGAGUAACUUGUUCUCCGGACUUCCAGCUUUGGCGGGUCCCCAACGCCUCGCCAACUCCCUCAGGCAGAAGUUCGCCAAUAACUCCGAGGGAUGGCGGGAGUCGGUGUUGGGGGCCCCGCGUCGGUUAUUGGUGACUCUCGGAAGUCUCUCCAGGGACAGCUCGCCAAGUCCUGCCACGAAGGAAGAAGCCCUACCGAGUCUUCCAGUGCCGGAUUUGGAAUUAACUAUGCAGAAGUACUUGGCCCAGGUUGAAGUAAUCGCCCCGAAUCAUUUAGAGAAGACCAGGAGCUUGGUGAGAGCUUUUCUUUCUGGGCCUGGGCCGAAGCUUCAACAACGUCUCGUAGAACGUAGCCAGAACGUCACUAAUUGGGCAACCGAUUGGUGGUUACAUGAUAUGUACCUCUCCAUUCCUCUGGCACUACCAAUUAACGUCAAUCCUGGUCUAGCAGCAAGACCUAAACGAUUUUCCAACCAAAAAGAAGGUGCAGUGUUCCUCGCAAGGUUUCUCACAGAGCUGCUCAACUACCAAGAACUAUUAGAUAGGAAUGGAUUGGAGGUCGAGCGGGUCAAGUUGAAAGAUGGAAAAAGCACGCAAGCCCUGUGCAUGGCUCAACACUAUCAAAUAUUCCGGAUUUAUCGACGACCAGGAGUGAACGGUGACGAACAAAUCCUCCUCGACAGAGCCACAUCGGGCGAUCACAUAAUCAUCGCUCAUCACAAUCAAUUUUAUAGUGUACCAGUUAGAGCUUCCGACCGAGGUCGCAUCACCGAGGCCGAACUAGUUCACCAAAUUCUCUCUAUUAUGGAAACUAAAGCUGAUCCGAGAACUCCACCUGUUGGGAUCCUUACAACCGCGAAGAGACCUGCUUGGGCGAAAGCUAGAGAAGAAUUGCUCCAGAACGAGCAAAAUCGGCAUAAUCUGGAGUUAUUGGAAAGAUGCCUCUGCGUGGUUUGCAUCGACGACGACAUACUGCCAACGACGUUCAACAAUCCUUUGAAGAAGGAGGACAGAUGGAUCGGGGAUCGAGAUUAUGCGAACGUGCUCCAUCAUGCUCUCCACGGUGGUGGUUCAAGACAUUUAGGUGCAAAUCGUUGGUUCGACAAAACUUUCCACGCUAUUCUUGGCAAGGACGGGAUGUGGGGUUUGACUUACGAGCACUCGGCUGGCGAGGCCCCAGCGGUUUUCAAGGCGUUUGAGGAAUUGACGGAGAAAGUCGACGCCAUGUCGCCACCCGAUGAAAACUUGGUACCAUCUCAUCUACCUGGCCCAGAGAAACUCGAAUGGCACUUGUCAGAACAGAGUCUUAACCAUAUCAGAGAUGCCAUGACGUCCUUCGACGCACUGGUGGAGGACUUGGACUUGUGCAUUCUACGAUUCGAAGACUACUCAAAGGAGUUUGUAAAGUCAUGCAGAGUGAGUCCGGACGUCUACGUACAGCUAGCAUUACAACUUACAUACUUCAGAUUGCACGGAAACGUAGUUGCAACUUAUGAGAGCGCGGGCAUCCGAAGAUUCGCGCUUGGAAGGGUGGACUGCAUCAGGGCGGCCAGCCCUGAAGCCCUAGCCUGGGCAAAGGCCAUGUGCCAAGGGGAUCCUGAAACUCAAGCAGCGAAUCAGCAGAACAACGUCCCAGACGAAGGCACCAAAAGAGUUCAGUUCACCAUUUACAGUCAAGAGAGAAUCAAGGAGCUAUUCGAUUUGGCGGUGCAGAGGCAGACCAAAGAGAUGAACGACAACAUAACUGGACAAGGAAUUGACAACCAUUUAAUGGGACUUCGUUAUGCCGCGAAAGAAGCUGGAGAACCGGUUCCAGAAAUCUUCGCGGAUGAGGCUUAUGCGAUCAUCAAUCAUUUCGCCCUAUCGACGUCGCAGGUAACUACAAAGAACGACGCGAUCGUCGGAUACGGGCCAGUGGAACCAGACGGAUACGGGUGCGCUUAUAACAUCAGAAGCAACGGGUUCAUAUUCUCGGUGUCCGCUUUUCACAGCGACGGUAGGACGAAUGCGAUGCGUUUCGCGCAAACACUGGAGCAAAGCCUGCGCGAUAUGGCUGCCAUGCUAAAAAUUGCUCUAGGAAAAUAAACGAGCGACACGGUGAGCACAGAAUGGUCGCUUUAAAAGAAAGUAUCGGGAUGGUGCAAGACACGUUCGAGCUUGUCGAUGAAAGUAUUUAUCGUAGUUUGAAUAGUAGACGUUUAAGAGAAAUAUUUAUAUUAGGCAUAGUUAACGUUGAGUGUAAUUCGAACUCGCACAAUUUAUCACACGGAGCUGGUUUGAUAAUAACCCUGCUCUCUCUUAACCUUUGGACGACCACAUUCUUCAGAAUUUUGAUUUAGAAAAGUAUUUAUUUCUUCGAAUUGGAAGUUGUUUUUAAGAAAGUAUCGGAGAUACAAUCGAAGACAAAUGCAUAUGAAGUUUUAAUUAACCGGAUAUCUUUGUAAUUACGACAUUUAAAUGAACAAAUUUAUUGUUAUAAGUUUGUUUCUAAUGUCGAGUUUCUAAUUUAUCACGAAUUUUUUUUGUUUCUAUUUAAUUCUAGUUUGAAUUCGAUACACAUUUUAAGGAUAUCGCACCUCCAAACUUUAUAAAUCAAUCAAAUUUAAUAUAAUUUCAUUUAUUGUUCUAGAUGUUUUUUUUUUCUUUUAUUUGUUUCAACAUACUUUAAAUUUCUGUGAAAAUAUGUUUAAUUAAGACGGUAGCACGCGAAGUACCUAUCGUAUUCAUUUCCAUGUUUAUUAGUAUUUUUAUUCCAAAUAGUUUGCAAUAUUAGUUUUUCCAUGAAAAUAUAAAUAUUAAUAUUUUCCAAGAAAGAUUUUCAGCUUGUGGUCUCUUUUCAUGGGGACUGUCAUAAACACUGCAGUACAUUUUUGUGAUCACUCGUGUGAUCGUCUAAGGAUUAAGAAAGAAAAGGAGAGAAAAGAAGUGAAAUACCGAAGCGAGUAUCAUACGAGAAGCUAUCGUGUCCCUUGAUCGAUUCAUGAGGGACGAUUCUAGACAAGAAAGUCUUAGCUACCAAUUUUACAUAUCUUAAAGAUGCUUUAUUUUCGUUAAGAAUAGUUAAAAGCUUUCCUAGUUCGAUCAAUUCUUCUACAAGGAAAACGCUAGCCAAUGGCGUUCGUGAAUGGAUUGUUUACGUGAUAAUUUUUAAGCAAUCAUUCUUUCGCUCAUUCUUGUAGAAGAAUCAUGCGCACGUAAGUACAGGUUGGUCGAAUAAGUCGUGCCAUUUUGGAGAAACACUUUUCUCGCUCCUCGGCCAGUUUAGAUGUUCGAUCAUUUAUCGCAAAUCAUCGUCAGUCGCUUGACAUAAUCCAUCGGAUCCUCUAAAACGCUUUUCUCGCUUAAUCUCGCCAACUGAAUUAAAAAUAGAAACGAUCCUGUCUAGAGAAGAAUAUAAUGUUUCGUCUUAGUUUUAAUAAAUUAUCACUUGGAAAAGUGGCAUUCAAAAAAUUGAAAAAAUUGUUUACGUACACUUCACGAUUUAAUUGAUGUUUAAUAAUUUAAAAUUAUUCCAGAAAUAUCUAAUAAUCAUUAGGUGAAGUGGACAUUACGAUACCAAAAUUUCUACAGAAUGCUUGUUGAAAUUUUAAGCAUAUAAUCCUUUUAGGAAAAACCUCACGAAUACUUUCAAAUAAUAAUUUUGAAAUCAUGAUUCUAACUUUUAAAAUUUUAGUCCAUUUUUUUGUACUCUACUCACUUGACCACGCCGCUACAUACUUAAAAUGUUAGUCGUAUAACGUAAUUUGAUCAAGAUAGUACCUCGAGAUGCAUCGUUUUUAUUUCACCGUGACUAACGAAAUAUAUUUGAUAAUAUCGCAUUAAUAAAUGUAAUCAUAUUAACAACAUCUAAGCUGACCCAGUACAAAAAGACACCGGGUAGAAAAUUUACCUUAUUCUAGAAACGAUUUUCUCCUUAUCGAGAAAUUCCCUUUCAAUUGACAGAAUUCGUUCGAAUAUACAUACUGUAAGUUAACUCAUGAUGCCUAGCAUUAUGCAAAACAUAUCAAUGAUCUCGUAAAGAUCUGUUCAUCGAUAACUCACCUAUCGCUAUAAAGUACUCGAUAUCCACCAAAAACCGCGUGUGACUAGGUUCGUAUCAUCGACUAUCUAUCAGACAACAGCUUAGUCGACGUUGCAAAGUGCGCACAUCUAUUAUGGUUAAUGCACGAUUGUCUGAAGGCUGCAACACAGAGAAGCCUAAAAAAUGAUAAAAUAUUUAUAGGACCCAAUUCAGUCCAGUCAGUCUGUUAUACACUGGUUCCUCGAUUUACAAGGUAUUUCCUAAACGCGAUACCAAUUUUACACGAUGUUUUACAUAAUAUCUAAUACUAUUCUAAUCGUUGUUUUUAUUCAUUUUAUUAAUAAUCUAUCUAUGAAUAAUAGAUUAUCCAAUACUAGUCUUGCGUAGACAAUUCUUCCUGGGAAGCUCUAUUAAAUCUCGAUAACUAGACUGCGGGCAGUCUAUCGAUAACAAAUACUUUGUUAAGAAAACGUUUGUUAUUUACAUUGUUUAUUAAAAAAUGAUGAUUAAUGAUUGACGAUUGCUUUGAUUGGUAAUUGAAAUUUUUCGUGUUGUUAUUUCAUAUAUAUAUAUAUAUAUAUAUGAUAUAUAUAAAGUUGUAAAAUUCAUAAAUGUAAUGUGUCUUCCAAAUUCGGAGGGUUUUUUAAUUUAUUUUCAAACACAGAUGGUGUUUUGAAUUCUUGCUUGUUUGGUUUUUUUUUUUUUUUAUGAGUGCGUUCCUGUUACUUUAUUGCACUGAAUCCAUAUAUCACAAUACAAUCAUUUCUAUUCUUCUUAACAUUACAUUGCCUCUUUAGUCUUGGCUUAGUUCGUGUUAUCGUAACUCUGGAUAUUAUAUUUACGUUAAUCUUGCCUUUUGUACUCCUCUGUUGGGGCCCACUGGCCCCCAUCUAGCUAGGGUACCUCGGGGUCGCUAAGCCCGUACUGUAGCUGCACACAGAGUGUCCCAAAAUUGUUGGAGUUCAUUGAAAGGUUCGGGGGUGAUUUGAAACAACUGUUUCCUUGGAGAAAAUGUUGUCCGAGGCUUUGUUAAGGAGAUAUUAACACAUUAAGGACCGCUCACGAGAUUUCUCGUGUUUUCUACACGCAGUCUCUAGAUGUGCGGUCCUUAAUGUGUUAACAGAAAACACCGACUAAUCAGAGUAGCUGCCGCGUAGCCUAUGCUACUGUGGCUGUCUAAUGCGUAGCCU